CUUCAAAGCAAAAGCAAAAAAAAAAAAAAAAAAAAAAAAAUGGCGACUCUCUAUAAUCAAGUUCCUUCGGUAUCUGCAAUUUUCUCUCUCUACACAUCUUUUUCUGCCAUCACGAUGCUCUUUCGUACAAUCCUCAACGAGAUUGUUCCCAAGCGAAUCCGAGAAUACGUCGCUCUGAAAGCUAUGGACUUCUUCUCAUCUUACUUUCAGUCAAAUUUCACGUUCGUGAUCGAGCAACGGUGGGAGUUUGUGGAGAACCAGACUUUCCGUGCGGCUGAAGUUUACUUACCAACACGUCUAGCCGGACUCUCCACAGGCAAACUCCUCGUGGGUUCGAGCAAUCUUAAGAAUCCAGCGGCUGAGCCAAAACUUGGAAUCCCUGUGAAUACUAAAAUCAUAGAUGAGUUUGAAGGGAUUCAUCUUGAAUGGACUCUACACUCUGUUGAGACUAAGAAGUAUCUCCCAGAGAAACGGUACUUUCACUUGACAUGUAAGAAGGAGUUUCGUGAGAAAAUAAUGACAGAUUACUUCACGUACUUGGCGAAAUCAGCAGAGAAAAUAAUGAGCCAUAGAGAGAAUCUCAAGAUCUAUACUUACAACCAAGACCGGUCCAAAUGGGAAUCCGCCAUUUUCGAGCACCACACGACCUUUGAGACCCUAGCCGUUGAGCCGCAACUGAAGAACACCUUGAUCGAAGAUCUUGAUGCUUUCUCUAAAGGAAAAGACUUCUUCAAGAGUGUGGGACGUGCCUGGAAACGUGGAUAUCUUCUUUACGGUCCUCCCGGAACUGGAAAAUCAUCUAUGGUCGCUGCAAUAGCAAAUCACAUGAAGUAUCAUAUAUAUGAUCUUCAGAUACAGAGCGUUAGAGAUGACGGUGAGUUGCGUGAGAUUCUCACCUCCACUAAGAACCGCUCAAUUCUUCUAAUUGAAGACAUUGAUUGUGGAGCCGAUGCUUCUCGUAGACGUCAGACCAAGAAAAAGAAAGAUGAUGGCGAUGAAGGUGAUGGUGAUGGUGAGCCACACAAGGGCAAGAAGAAGUUUGAAGUUGGUAUAUCGUUGUCCGGUCUACUGAAUUUUGUGGAUGGACUUUGGUCGAGCUGCGGAGAAGAAAAGAUCAUAAUUUUCACAACGAAUCACAAGGAGAAGCUCGACCCGGCGUUGUUGAGGCCGGGAAGGAUGGACGUUCACAUUCUCAUGGACAAUUGCACACCCUUUGUGUUCAAGAAGCUUGUGGCUAUGUACCUUAAGACUGAUGACCACGCCCUGUUUGAUCCCAUUGAGAAGCUUGUCCUUGAAGUGAGUGCAACUCCGGCUGAAGUCACACAGCAGCUUAUGGCCAGUAAGGUCGCUGACAUUGCGCUCAAAGUUCUCCUUGAGUUCCUGAAAACCAAGAAGACGAAAAAGGAAGAAGAUACCAAAGUGGAGGAAGAUGGAGAGAUUGAAGAUGCUGAGACUAAAGAAGCAGAACCAGAAGAAGAAACUUAAGUGGAUCUCUAGUGCUAUUGAUUAUGUCUUGAAGUAGUAGUAGUAAUCUUGUAUUUCAGUUUCGUUUUGCAAAUUAGAAUCGUUUGCUGAGAGAAGAUGAGACAAAAUUGUGGCUGAACUACAAGUUUUUAUGUAUGAAAAAUUUGGGACAUAGAGUCUCAUAAGUAUA